GAGGGAAGCUGCCACCACGCCCCCUUAUAUACCCAAGCCCCUCCCACCUGAUGACGUCACUAAGCUGCCACGCCCACUCUCCACCAAUCACCGUCGAGGAAAUCAGUGACGUCACAAUCUUCUUUCAGCUGAUUGGUUAGAAUUUGCGACAUUGCAAGAUUUACGACACUUUUACGAAGAACCAACAAGAGGAUCAUGAUUACAGAACGUGUCCCCUCCUCUUCCUCAUCCUUCCCCUCCUCCUUCUCUUCCUCCUCCUCCUCCUCCUCCAUCCAUCUGCUCUGGCUGAAGAGGUAACAUCCGUACACUUUCAACAAGAUGGUCUGCCUUCUCGCCGCUCCCACAUAACCUACAAUGGAACGCUGCCUGACCUGACCUUGGCCACCGUCUGCCUCAGGGUCAAGCUGAUGCAGUACAGGAAAGUCGUGCCCUUCUUCUCCUACGCCGUGGAUGACUUUGGGGAUGAACUCUUUAUAGGCUACCACCCCCUCACCAAAGAGGUGGAGGUAGCGUGCUGCGGAGCGUUGUUGGACUUGUUCGUGAAUGAGCAGCGGGUGCCCCUGGGCCAGUGGGUGUCCCUGUGUGUGACCCUGGACCUGGUCAAGAAGCAGGUGUUGUUGUACUACCCGGUUAACGACACCAUGGAACAGGUGGUGAUGCAGGACGACAGAGCCGAGCCAGACAGGGUGCGUGGCGGCGGACUUCUCAUGGUGGGUCAGCGGCAGUCCGUGGUGGGAGGGGGCUUCAGUACUGCACUCAGCCUGUGCGGCCAGGUGGCGGACCUGCACCUGUUCGACACUGUGCUGACAGAAGACGAGCUGCUGAGCUUCUUGACGUGCCAGGCCGCUGAGGGCUUGGACACGGCUCCCAUCGUCUCCUUCGCCUCCCUGCAGGACACCUUCACUAUGGGCGAGGCUGAGGUGGACAGCCUGCAGGUGCAGGACGCCUGCCAUAACAUCACCUUUGAAGUGGUGAUCAUCUCGCACCCCAUCACCUUCAAAGACGCCCACCGUCUGUGUGACCUGAUGAGCAACGCAGAUAAACACCCUGUCUUCACGCCCGUCUCCAUGGACGAACAGAACGACCUGCUGGCCGACAUGGAGCCUUAUGAGGAAUCCUGCCUGUCCAGGCACACCUCCCUGGGGGACAUGUGGUUGGACGGGAGAUCGGUCUGA